AUGGGCAAAGCAUCCAAAUGGUUCCGUGGUCUUCUGCGCUUCAAGAAACCAGAUUCUAACACAGACCCGGCUCAGAAACCCUUGAAGAAGAAAUGGAGUUUCGUCAAAUCCCACAAAGAAAAAUCCUCAGAUGGGGCAGUUUUAACGAACGAAAAUGACAGUGAAGCCAGUAAACACGCGAUCGCGGUGGCCGCAGCCACCGCUGCCGUAGCUGAGGCUGCUGUUGCAGCGGCUCAGGCAGCUGCUGCAGUCGUCAAGCUCACAAGCAGCGGGAGAAGUGCUACUGUUAGUGGUGGCGCAAGUUAUGGGAAUCGUGAAAAACGGGCUGCCGUUAAGAUUCAAUCCCAUUUCCGUGCUUAUCUGUCGAGGAGGGCUUUGCGAGCAUUGAAAGCUCUAGUCAAGCUUCAAGCACUGGUGAGAGGUCACCUUGUGAGGAAGCAGACGGCAGAUAUUUUAAGACGAAUGCAGGCUUUGUUACGAGCUCAAGCAAGAGCAAGGGCUGGACGGACUCUGAUUUCUGAAUAUCCACAUUUGAGCUUGAAGUCCUCUCACUUUAAUUAUCGAGGACCUGCAACUCCUGAGAAACUUGAGCAUGUUAAUCGGACGAGGAGUAUGAAGCAUGAACAAUUAUUGAUGCUCAAGAGAAAGGGUUCAAAAUCUAAUCCGAAGGUCAUCAAUGAUUCAGACAAAGCACUCAUGGGUUGCAAUUGGAUGGACAACAAAAUGCUCGAAAGAUCGUGGGAACAUGGGUCUUCUAUAAGAUCUGUCCCCACAGAUGAUGAAAGAAGUGAUAAGAUUCUUGAAGUUGAUAAUGGGAAACCACAUUUAAUGUCCAAAAAUAGAACCCUCCCUCACUCGUCCCAUCUUAGCACGGGCUUGGACCAAAACAGUCGCAGCUUUUCUGUAUCAAAAGACUCCAUAUCCCGUCAAACAGUUCUAAGUCCAUCUUCCGAAGAAGUUCAAUCUUUGAGUCCUUUGAAGUUUGCACAAGAUGUCGAUGAAACCACUUUCUGCACUGCUGACAACAGCCCACAAUUUUACUCGGCAUCAUCCAUGGGAGGUAGCUCCAAGAGAGGACCAUUUACCCCUACUAAGAGUGACGGUUCAAGAAGCUGUUUGAGUGGAUACUCCGACCACCCAAACUACAUGUCUUUCACUGAAUCAUCUAAAGCUAAGGCGAGAUCUUUCAGUGCCCCAAAACAAAGGCCACAAUAUGAGAGAUCAAGUUCAACCAAGAGGUACUCUGUUCAUGGAUACGGUGAGUCAAGACCUAAUAUGCACAAGGGUUCAGCGUUACAUUCCAGCUUCACCAACAAAGCUUAUCCAGGAUCAGGUCGCUUAGACAGACUAGGAAUGCCAAUUAGAGGAGAUGCUGUUGGGUUCAGCGGAGGUCACUGGUACAGAUACUAG